ACCGGCGUUGCUAGCGAUGACGUCCGUGCGGCGGCUGACGUCACAAGGGAGGCUGGUGCCGCGGAGGGAGGGAGGGUGCUCGGGCUGUAGAGGGCGCAGUGCGCGCUCCCGGUGACGGCGGCGAGCACUCUGGAACGGGAUUCCCUCAGUGGCCGCGAUGUACUUUGUCUGAGAUUCCUGUCGCCGCAGAUCGCCUCCGUCGUUUCGGUGUGCGGGAAGUGGCUGCGAAUGGCUGGGAAGCAGGCGGAGGACGUGGGGCGAUAGGGAGCGCCUGGGCACGGCAGCCCCGCAGCAUGAGCGCAGAAAUAAAGAAGCCUCCAGUGGCCCCUAAACCUCGAUUUGUGUUGGUCAAGAAGCCGCCACCUCCUCCAGUUGCACCAAAACCAGAUGUUAUCAUUUUGGAUUCUUUAUCAGUACAAAAGGGAUCAAAGCCAGCACUAGCACCAAAACCAGUAUUGCCAAAAAUCACACCAGUGGCUGAAGUGAAACCAACACCACUGCAAAAUUAUAAGUGGUCAGAGGAAAUUAAAAGUGAAUUGUGUGAAAAAGCAAAGUAUCCUGUUUCUGAAGACGGUGAUGGAAUGCAGAGGGGAGAUUGUGAAUUGGCUGGUCAAUACAUCAUGUCAAACUGCUUAUGUAAAAGUGAAUGUGAACACAAAUAUAUAAAUGGUGAAAAUACCUGUAAAACCAAAACAAUCAUUGAGCAUUUAGGCAAACUGAAAACUUUGGAACCUAACAAAAAAUAUGACCAAACAAAAUAUUCUCCUCGGGCAAAGCACAGGUCCGAGACUCAGCAUAGUGAUAUUGUCAACAAACACCAGGUAAUUAGCAAAACUUGCUUCCUGGAACAGAAAUCUAAGGAUGUCUUAACUCAGGUUGUAACACCAAAUAAUUACCUUCCAAGACAGAAGGAUGCACAUGGUGAUGGAGAUGUUAAAUUGCUCAAUAGCAACAAUGGGCAAAGUGAACUCUUCAGUGCUGAUCAAAAUCUAAGAAAUUCCAAAAGUACAGGAAAGGGCAAUGAAAUUAAAAUUGCCAAUUAUCGUGCAGUGAUGAAAAGUGAGACAAGUUGCCAAUCUUUGGGUACUGACCACAUUGAGAGAGUGCAUGAGCGCCAGGCAAAAGUUGUUUUUGCAGUUGAUGAAAAGGAUAAGUUGAUUUUUCAGGAUUCUAACUUAAUUACAGCUUCAACAUCCAACUCAGCACCCUGCUCCAAACCAGUCCCUAUGCCAAAGCCAAAAGCAGCACGUCUGAUUGGCCUUACCAGGCAAAAGUGUAUAGAUGACUGUGCAGAAAUUACAGUGGGUCCCAAAGUGACACGUACUGAUUCUUUUUCCAGAACUUCAGAUGAAAGUACUUUAGAUACCAAGAAAUCAUUUGUUCCCACUGUCUCCAGGUAUAAUAAUUCAAAUCAGACUGCUAACACAUCCUGUCAUGGGAAUAAUGCUGAGUCUAAUCAAGCAAAAGAAUCUUGUGGUCAAAGUAGUGUAUCCUCCAUAGAUCCAUGCCUGGGCUCUCUUCCUGAAUUCAGGAUAUCUUCAGACUUGCAGAAUAAAAGUAAAAUUGAACAAAUAAAGAAAGACUUGGAAAAUGGCAACAGAACAUUGCCAGCAGAUGCAAAGAGCAGUUUUAUUCGAAAUAGUUCAGUCUCUAUGAGUUUGCCAAAGCAUCUCGGUUUGUCACUUGCUCAGACACAGCCUGAGUCAAACAAUGAAACCAGUUCAGACUUCAAAAAAGAAACUACCAGUGAAGAAACUACUAAAAUGAGCAUUUCUCCAAAGCCCACUCCCAAAAAACCACAGCGCCACAGCAUGCCCACAGCUGUUACAGUUAGAAGAGAUGUACCAACAAGUAGUCCUAACGAUGCAGGUAGAGCACUGGAGAAUAAUACGAAAGAGGGACUUAACAGAUUAUUAAGCAGAGAUACUGAUUUGUACACUAAUGAGCAUGAAGCAAUUUGUCCAAGCGAGAAACCUAUAUGGAAACUUGCACAUCCGAUUUUGCCUUUCCCACAGAGUCCUACCACAGCGGCAGUAUCUAGUAAUUCACAAAAUGAUGAAGAACUUACUGCAAAGCCAAGGGCUAAAUCUUUGUCAUCUGCAGAUACUGAAAAGCCAGAAAAGUCUACAAAAGAGGUUUCAAAGAAAAAUUCAUUUAAGAGGAUCCUUGCUGUAAAGCUAUCUGCUAAUAAGGUGAAGAAUGACUUUCAGAAACUUUUGUCAAAAGGCAGCUGUUCACUAGACAGCAUGUCAUCUGUACAUGAUUCAGGAAAAAACCACCAAGAUGACCAUCAGUGCAUUCCAGAGUUGCAGAUAGGUGAUCGAAAGAAAAGACCGACAAAAGCACAUUCUGCAGAUUCUUGUCUCCGAAUGGCAAAGGACCACAAGCCUAAAAAUCUCUCUAAACGGGCAAAUAAUUUUGCUGUUCAGCAAGAGUCUUGUAUUGACCUGAAAAAAGAUCGCCCAGGGAAUUCUAAAGCAAAAUUACAUUCUAAAUAUGAAAAUAUAAGCCCAAAUUUUGAUUGGAAAAAUUCAUCCAGUGUCGAAGACUCUGAUGGGCUCAUUUAUGAGAUAGAACCAUAUGCAGUUUCAAAUUGCUAUCAAAAGUAUGGAGCAAGUCCGGAAAACCGAUGUGUCAGCCCAGUACAGGAUCAGGACAACCUUUCUUCAGAAAUGGACAUCAACUCAGAGGAGGAAGAAAUCAUAUUUAGUUCUGAUGAAGAUGAUGACAGUUCAGAUGCUAGCAAAGGAGAACUGGAUCAGCAAGAUGAGAAGCAGAAUGACAAAGGGAAGAAAACCAAGGUCUAUCACAUUGCCAGAGAAAUCAUGAGCUCAGAGAAAGUGUUUGUGGAUGUUUUGAAACUUUUGCAUAUUGAUUUCCGGGAUUCAGUGAUUCAAGCUUCACGACAGUAUGGAAAACAAGUGAUUGAUGAUAAGACCCUGAACCAGAUCCUGUACUACCUUCCACAGCUGUAUGAGCUGAACCGAGGUCUGCUGCGAGAAUUGGAAGAGAGAAUGGCUCACUGGGAUAAGUAUCAGAGAAUAGCGGAUAUCUUCAUGGAGAAAGGACCAUAUCUAAAAAUGUAUUCAACUUACAUCAAGGAGUUUGACAAGAACAUUUGUUUGUUGGAUGAACAGUGCAAGAAGAACCCCACCUUUGCUGCUGUAGUCAGAGAAUUUGAGAUGAGCUCUCGCUGUGCAAACCUGGCACUCAAGCAUUACCUGUUAAAACCUGUCCAAAGAAUUCCGCAGUACAAGCUACUUCUGACAGAUUAUGUGAAGAACCUGUCCAAGGAUUGUGCAGAUUAUAAAGAUACUCAAGCUGCUCUUGCCAUUGUUGUAGAAGUAGCAAACCAUGCCAAUGACAUAAUGAAACAAGGGGAUAAUUUCCAGAAGCUGAUGCAAAUCCAGUAUAGCCUUAAUGGCCAGCAGGAGAUUGUUCAGCCUGGAAGGGUUUUUUUGAAGGAGGGAACUCUGAUGAAACUAUCCAGAAAAGUUAUGCAACCCCGAAUGUUUUUUUUGUUUAAUGAUGUAUUACUAUACACUACACCAGUGCAAUCGGGAACAUACAAGCUAAACAACAUGUUGUCACUAGCAGGUAUGAAGGUUAGCAAACCAUCUCAAGAGGCCUACCAGAAUGAGCUCAACAUCGAAAGUGUGGAACGAUCGUUCAUUCUGUCAGCAAGUUCCGCGGCGGAAAGAGAUGAAUGGUUAAAAGCCAUUUCUAAGGCCAUUGAGGAAUAUACGAAAAAAAGAAUAACAUUCACUGCGAGUAAAAGUCUUGAGGAAGAGCCAGAUAAACCAGAGGUUAAUACACCUUUGGGCACUAAGGCACCCAUAUGGAUUCCUGAUCCUCGUGCUACCAUGUGUAUGGUCUGUACAUGUGACUUUACACUUACCUGGAGACGGCAUCAUUGUAGAGCAUGUGGAAAGAUUGUUUGUCAAGCCUGUUCAUCAAAUAAAUUUAAUCUGGACUACCUUAAAAAGCGACCAGCCAGAGUUUGUGAUUAUUGUUUCUCAGAGCUGCAAAAGACAGAAAUGCGAUCACCUGUGACAAAGAUGGCAUCCCCGAGUCACAAGCCCUCAAGUAGCCUCACCUCAGUUUUUCACAGCAUUCAGCACUCCUCAGGGCGGAAACACAAGAAAAUUCCGGCAGCGCUGAAAGAAGUAUCAGCAAAUACUGGAGCCUCAUCUAUGAGUGGCUAUCUAUAUCGGUCAAAAGGCACUAAGAAACCAUGGAAACGGCUCUGGUUCGUCAUUCAGGACAAGGUGUUAUACACUUAUGCUGCCAGUGAGGAUGUUGCAGCUUUGGAGAGCCAACCGUUACUUGGAUUCACAGUUUCAGAAGUGGAAGACGAUCUUUCAGACCUCAAAGUGAUUUUUCAGUUGCUUCAUAAAAGAACACUGUUUUAUGUGUUUAAAGCAGAUGAUCCUCACACAGCUCGAAGAUGGGUAGAGGUUUUCCAGGAAGCUACUGUGCUAUAACAACAAAAUAGACACCCACUUAGUGAAAGGACUUCAAGAAAUGAUUUUGUGAAAACUACACUAAGCUCAGGUGUUGAAGUGUGUCGUUGAUACUUCAAAGAAUCUUCAAAAGAUUUUAAGAGGAUACUCAAACACGCACCUGUUGAUAAAGAUUCAUCUCAGUUUGCAGAAUGAACUACAGAGAUUCUGCUUCACCCCAAAAACCCUCACUCUUCACUCUGGUGUUCUCUGAAAACUGGCACAAGAAGAAAAUUUGGCCAUUGCAAUUUCCUACUCAGCUUCUCCAAAACAAACUAGUUCAUGUUUCAAUGGUUGUUAUUCCUGUUAGCACCUUGUGGCACAUCAGGCAGCAUUUUUUUUUUGCCAUUUCCUUAGCAUUUGUCUAUUUUUUUUAUGAGACCAAGUUGCUAGCUUAGUGCUCAACCCAGCACACAGGGAAAGCAUGCAAGGGGCCAGCCGGGUUCGAACCUGGGACCAUUAGUUUUGAAUGGUGCUGAUGACACUAUACCACUGGCCAGCACAUGUUUCAAUGGUCUGGCUACAUAAUUUUGUAGGUAAAUCUCCAAUUGUUUUUUGUGACUUAAGCUAUGGCCUAUUACUGAGCUGCAAUUCCAAGGUGUGUCAGUAACCUUAAAAUACGAGGAUCAAAGAUUUGUUAUUGUUAUAUAUAGAUGGAAUCGUCAUUUACUAUCCCUGAUGAUUUCAUGAGAAAGAUCAGUACAUGGUCUGGUACUGGACACUGUAGAUUAAACGAUCAUGUUCGUGAAAUAUAGUUGAUUUCAUCUGGGUUGACCCCCAAGUGUUUAUGUCUAAGAUCUGCUCAGACUCCUGUUCUGAUCACUACACGUUCAACUCAACUCAAAAGUAUACGUGCAUGGAUGCUGAAUAAAGAUAUUGUACUUAAUUAUGGCGCCUACAUUUGGAAACAGACGAUGUGUACAGCAAAAAACAGACGAGAAUUUGGUGGUUUAUUGAUAAAUUGCCAGUGUCAGUGGCGUCAUAACCAGGGUGAUUCAAAGUGAAGAGAAGAAACUGGACAAAAAUAUGAUUCUUGCCAUCUGAACUAAUUUGGAGGCUUUUAACUGCUGGAAAAGGGAACACUUCUAAGAUGAGUUUUGUUUCUGUAAUGUUAUUAUAAGUGAGAAGUGGGAUAACCUUGGACAAAUACAUGAUUGUGUAGCACUGAGAUCAAUACGUGUUAAUUCAUGUGAUUUACAAAGCUUAUUAAAAUGUGCAUUUUAAGUCCAUCAGAAAGCUUGUUAAAUGUCACCCAAUUUUCCUGUAUAUUUUAACUUUAUUCUAUUUUGCCUUAUUUAAUAUGUGUUGUAAGAUAUUUAAGGUAAAAUAGUCUGGCAAGGAUUUAUACAUGCAGGCAUGAGUUAGAUUUAUGUAUUUAUUUAACUAUUGUAAUGAGAGUCUAUGAUUCUUCAUGGAGCGAACAACAUGUAGAAUUCAAAGUGCCAACUUAUGUAAAAUAUUCCUAUUAAUUUUUUUCAACACUAAUGUUUUUAUAAAUGUGCCAGAAAAAUGAAUAUAAAGCAACAUUGAUUUAAGUAGGGGAUGGUAGAACCAAGAACCUCUUGGAUGAAAGAAUUGAUAAUUUUUCAUUUAUUUUUAACAAAGCUAAAACUGUACUUCCUGAUGACAGACCAGCAGUACUGCCAAAUAAUAAGGUUUAAUGUUGCUUCAUUCUGGACUUACAGGUUUCUCCCAGUUUGCUGGUUUAGUAGCACUAUUUCUCCUGAGGCACAGGUUGUAUCAACUCUGGAAAAACUGAGCACAGAAUUUAGGCUGACAAAUAACUGCAUGGCAAAAGGAACACUUUUAUUAGGGAAAUCCCUUCUUUUGGUUGAGGAAUUAAACUGAAGCUCCUUGAGGAAGUGGUCGUUUGAAGAUGCGUUGACCAAUGUUGUUCCCUGAAACACACAUAUUAAAAAAUUGACUGUUCAACUCAUUUGUAGUUAAUGGGAUCUUUUGUGAAUCAAAUAUCGCAUAUGCUUGCAACUUUGAGAUCAGUAGUUAAGGAAGGAAUUUAGCACACUACAAUUCAAGAAAUAAAACUGUGGGACAUUUGCCUUAAUUACAUUGCUUAAAAGUCCAUUCCAUGCUUUGAUCACUGUGUGAAGAAAAAUAUCAGUCUUGUACUAGUUUGAGCCUAUGUCCAAUAAAAUCAGAAUUUAGAUGCAAUCUCUUUUCUACAUUUGGUUUCUGAUCAUACUUCUGUGAUGUGCCUUGGACAUUUUUUCUAUAAUAAAGGUGUUACGUAAAUGCAGGUUGUUGGUUCCUCUCUUACACCGCACUGCAACCUCAAAUGGGGUAGUAUUUGUUAGACUGGAUUCAUGCUGCUGUUGUGGCAAUUUUCCACUUGGGAACUGGAUAAUGUGCUCAAAGACCAAGCCUGACAUUGAGCUGUUUGUGAAACACAGUGAUCACCCCAUACAGAGAGCUUCAGAAAACCCACAGCGGGCACCUAGGACCAUUGCCAAUGCUGUAUCUAAAAGAAAAACCUCAACCCAUGGCAGCCUCUACUUCUCCCUGCCUCCUUAAAGCAGCUAGCAUAAUCAAUAAAAGAGCCCACCCACCCUCGACUUCUUCCCUUCUCCCCUCUCCCAUCAAGCAGAAGAUACAAAAGCCUGAAAGCACAUAAUUACCGAGCUCAAGGACAGCUUCUACCCCACUUACCAGAUUAUUCAACAGUUCCCUAUUUCACCCUCACACCUCUGAUCUUAUCCCUUAUUGUUUAUCUGCAGUGCACUUUCUCUGUAGCUUUUAUACUUUGUAUCGCUAUUGUUUUACCUUGUUCUACCUCCAUGCACUGUCUAAUGAUCUGAUACAAACCUUAUGUCAAACAAGUUUUCACUGUUCUUGGGACGUGACAAUAAACCAAUUCCAAUUCCAAUCAAAAUCAAAUUCAUCAGGGCAUUCCUCAACUAUCAAUCAACACUUGCCACCCCAUAAAAUCUGAUCAGGUGACUGAGGGCCACUGCCAUAAAAUCUUUAGCUUUGUGUAUGGAUUGAAGGGCUCCUGCUGGCCAAAGGGCAUAGAUACAUUCUGUGGAAGUGAGAGCACCUCACUCUGCCAUCAUUCCUCACCAUCUUAAACCGAGGAAGAUUCUCUUUCUGAAAGACCUUAAACCUCUUGUUUACUCCCUGACCCUCCCCCCUCCC